CCGCGGGUCACGUGGCGGGGCCGAGGCGGAAGCGCCGCAGUCCCGGACCCGGCCCCCGGGCUCGGAGCUGCGCUGGACCCGGCCCCCGGGCUCGGAGCUGCGCUGGACCCGGCCCCCGGGCUCGGAGCUGCGCUGGACCCGGCCCCCGGGCUCGGAGCUGCGCUGGACCCGGCCCGGACUCAGCUGCUCGGCGUCAGACCCUUCGGUCCCAUGUUCAUGGGGGCACCGCGGACCCUCCUCCUGGCCCUGGCUGCUGGCCUAGCCGCCGCCCGCCCGCCCAACAUCGUGCUGAUCUUUGCUGACGACCUCGGCUAUGGGGAUUUGGGCUGCUAUGGGCACCCCAGCUCUACCACCCCCAACCUGGACCAGCUGGCAGCAGGGGGGCUGCGGUUCACGGACUUCUACGUGCCUGUAUCUCUGUGCACACCCUCUCGGGCCGCCCUCCUGACCGGCCGGCUUCCGGUUCGGAUGGGCAUGUACCCUGGAGUCCUGGUUCCCAGCUCCCGGGGGGGUCUGCCCCUGGAGGAGGUGACCCUGGCCGAGGUCCUGGCUGCCCAAGGCUACCUCACAGGAAUGGCUGGCAAGUGGCACCUUGGGGUGGGGCCUGAGGGGGCUUUCCUGCCCCCGCAUCAGGGCUUCCAUCGAUUUCUAGGCAUUCCAUACUCCCACGACCAGGGCCCCUGCCAGAACCUGACCUGCUUCCCUCCGGAUACACCCUGUGAUGGCGGCUGUGACCAGGGCCUGGUCCCCAUCCCACUGUUGGCCAACCUGUCAGUAGAGGCACAGCCCCCCUGGCUGCCUGGACUAGAGGCCCGAUACAUUGCAUUCGCCCAUGACCUCAUGGCUGACGCCCAGCGCCAGGAUCGCCCCUUCUUCCUGUACUACGCCUCUCACCAUACCCACUACCCUCAGUUCAGUGGGCAGAGCUUUGCAGAGCGUUCAGGCCGAGGGCCAUUUGGGGACUCACUGAUGGAGCUGGAUGCAGCUGUGGGGGCCCUGAUGACAGCCAUAGGGGACCUGGGACUGCUUGAAGAGACGCUGGUCAUCUUCACGGCAGACAACGGACCUGAGACGAUGCGAAUGUCCCGAGGCGGCUGCUCUGGCCUCCUGAGGUGCGGAAAGGGGACGACCUACGAGGGGGGUGUCCGAGAGCCUGCCUUGGCCUUCUGGCCAGGUCACAUCACUCCUGGCGUGACCCACGAGCUGUCCAGCUCCCUGGACCUGCUGCCUACCCUGGCAGCCCUGGCUGGGGCCCCACUGCCCAAUGUCACCUUGGAUGGCUUUGACCUCAGCGACCUGCUGCUGGGCACAGGCAAGAGCCCUCGGCAGUCUCUCUUCUUCUACCCGUCCUACCCAGAUGAGGUCCAUGGGGUUUUUGCCGUGCGGAAUGGAAAAUACAAAGCUCAUUUCUUCACCCAGGGCUCUGCUCACAGUGAGACCACUCCAGACCCUGCCUGCCAUGCCUCCAGCUCUCUGACAGCUCAUGAGCCCCCGCUGCUCUACGACUUGUCUGAGGACCCUGGUGAAAACUACAACCUGCUGGGGGGUGUGGCCAAGGCCACCCCAGAGGUGCUGCAGGCCAUGAAGCAGCUUCAGCUGCUCAAGGCCCAGUUAGAUGCUUCUGUGACCUUCGGCCCCAGCCAGGUGGCCCGGGGUGAGGACCCCAACCUGCAAAUCUGCUGCCAGCCCAGCUGUACUCCCCACCCAGCCUGCUGCCACUGCCCAGAUCCCCAUCGCUGAGGGCCCCUGGUCCCCAUCCCACUGUUGGCCAACCUAUCAGUGGAGGCACAGCCCCCCUGGCUGCCUGGACUAGAGGCCGGAUACAUUGCAUUCGCCCAUGUGAUGGCUCAUGACUGUGAGCCUGUGGGGGAGGUGCAGGUGUCUGGAGGUGUUUGUACCUGAUAAUGUAAUAACAGCAAUUGAGACUUGCA